AUGGCUGAGGAGGAGGCUGGAAUAUUCCAGAACGUGAGGAGGCAGUCAGGGCGCCUGCCCCGGGGCAGCCUGUCUCUGUUUCAGCUUCUCAUCAGCCUGAUCUUCUUCCUGGUCCUCCUCAUCAUCUUGGCCCACGCUGAUGCGCGUGAGCAACAGAUUCAGGCCGGUCUUCAGUUGAUCAACCAGCAGCUUGCCCAGAUAAACGACUCCCUGGAGAGGCUCUGCCGUGCCUGCCCUUGGGGCUGGGAGCACUUUCGGGGAAGCUGCUACCUGUACUCCAGGUCCGCAGGAGAUUGGCUCCAUGCUAUGUCCGCCUGUCGGCGCAAGAAUUCCCAGCUGGUGAUCGUCAACAGUGCCCCGGAGGCGAAAUUCCUACAAUUUUGGGAAGUGCAGAAGAAGGGUCUGUGGAUUGGCCUCAGCGACCACCACGAUGAGGGGUCCUGGCAGUGGAUAGACGGAAGCCCCCUCAAUAUCAGCUUCUGGAAACCAGGAGAACCCAACAACGAAGGCGAUGAGGACUGUGUGGAAUUGUACAAUGAUGGCUGGAACGAUAUCCCGUGUAGUCAAGAGAAGCCGUGGAUUUGUGAGAAGCCCGCGGUGUCCUGCUCCCAACCGUGA